CUCAGAUUAGUCUGCAUUGAUUUGGUUCGUAGUUAUGUAAGAAAAAGAGUUCAAACUUAUUCAAACGUAGACAUUGGCGAAGCUAUUAAAUCAAUUAAAGAUGAUAAAAUGACUAUUAAUGAAGCAUCAGCGAAAUAUAACGUACCGAUUAGUACAUUAUACAAUCGUCUAUCAGGACACAAUGGCUCUAGUCCACGUGGUGGCACAGCAAUAUUGAGUAAAGAAGAAGAAAAAUUCUGUGGGAAAUUAUUUACACAAAAUGCAGCUCGAUUUUCAAGAAAGUUGAAAAAUCCUCAUCGGUUUUCUACAUUGUGGGAAAUUAUUGAAAAUGCAGCUUUUUCUGGCAAGUUGGAAAAUCCUCGUCGAUUUGAUACAUUUUGGGCAUUACUUAUAGAAAAUGCAGCUCGAUUUUCAAGAAAUUUGGAAAAUCCACAUCAUGCUUCUACAUAG